UCCUGGAUUUAUCUUUUCUCAUGGGGAAUAUGCCACCUUGAAAGUUGGAACUCUUUUCACAAAACUGUUUGACCUCGAUUGAGGAGGACAAACUCUUUCCUCUGUUGCUCUACAGCCUCUACUCUCGCUCUCUCUCUCUCUCUCUCUCCUCUCCCCUCUGAAACGCAUUAAUAGGUGCCUAGAAUUUUCGCUCUCCUCCCCCCACUCAAACGCGAAGAAGACGAAGAACGCUGCAACAAAUCACUUUGAGCGACGGGAAAAAGAAGGUGAAAAUGCCGGAGUCAACGACUUCUAUAGACUAUGUAAUGGAGAAAGCUUCAGGCCCUCAUUUCUCAGGCCUCCGUCUCUCUCCAUCUUCUACUGCUACUACUUCUUCUCCUCGUGCUUCUGUAUCCACUCCGUUCUCCGCUACUUUUGCUGAUUCUGAUCUUCCCAAACAACCCUUUGUCAUCGGGGUAUCAGGUGGUACGGCGUCAGGGAAAACUACUGUGUGUGACAUGAUAAUUCAACAGCUUCAUGAUCACCGGGUUGUGCUCGUUAAUCAGGAUUCGUUUUAUCGCGGUUUGAAUGCUGAAGAAUUGGAAUGUGUCCAUGAGUAUAACUUUGAUCAUCCUGAUGCUUUUGACACCGAGCAGCUUCUUGAGUGUGUUGGGAAACUUCAAUCUGGACAAUCUGUUCAAGUUCCAAUUUAUGAUUUUAAGACACAUCAGAGACGCACGGAUACCUUUAGGCAGGUUAAUGCAUCUGAUGUGAUAAUCUUGGAAGGUAUACUGGUGUUCCAUGAUCCACGUGUCAGGAACUUGAUGAACAUGAAGAUUUUUGUCGAUACAGAUGCUGAUGUGAGGCUUGCGCGCAGAAUUAGGCGUGACACAGUUGAGAGGGGUAGGGACAUAAAUUCUGUUCUUGAACAGUAUGCAAAAUUUGUCAAGCCUGCUUUUGAUGACUUUGUUCUACCAUCAAAGAAAUAUGCCGAUGUGAUCAUACCAAGAGGAGGUGAUAACCAUGUUGCAAUUGAUUUAAUUGUACAACAUAUAAGCACAAAGCUUGGCCAGCACGAUCUGUGCAAAGUAUAUCCCAACGUAUAUGUCAUUCAAUCAACUUUCCAGAUUAGGGGCAUGCAUACACUUAUUCGAGACCGAGACAUAUCAAAGCAUGAUUUCGUUUUCUACUCAGAUCGGCUUAUUCGUCUGGUUGUGGAGCAUGGUCUUGGGCAUUUGCCAUUCACUGAGAAGCAAGUGGUGACUCCUACAGGAUCAGUAUAUACAGGGGUUGAUUUCUGCAAGAAAUUGUGUGGUGUAUCAAUUGUUAGAAGUGGUGAAAGCAUGGAAAAUGCAUUGCGUGCAUGUUGCAAGGGAAUAAAGAUUGGCAAAAUUCUUAUACAUCGGGAUGGAGACAAUGGGAAACAGCUUAUAUAUGAGAAGCUACCAAAGGAUAUAUCGGAACGACAUGUUUUGCUUUUAGAUCCUGUCCUUGCCACAGGUAAUUCUGCUUGCCAGGCAAUUGAGUUACUGAUACAGAAGGGAGUUCCUGAAGCCCACAUUGUUUUUCUGAACCUCAUUUCAGCACCUGAAGGCAUUCAUUGUGUUUGCAAGCGGUACCCGUCCUUGAAGAUUGUCACCUCAGAGAUUGAUGAUGCGUUGAACGACGAAUUUCGUGUCAUACCUGGUCUGGGAGAAUUUGGUGAUCGUUAUUUUGGUACUGAUGAUUGAAGAUUCAUUAUGAUAGCCUAAUGGGUUUAUUCUUUUGUGUAUCUGCUGAUACACAGCUGUUGAUGAGCUCUGUUGAGAUUUUAGGAUAUACUUCCUCCGUUUCUUUUUACUUGCAACGGUUUGACUUUUGCACUAUUCACCAACUCUACUUAGUUUAUGUUUGGUGAUUUAUAGUUAAGGAAAAACAUAUUCAUGUGGGAUCUUAUUAGAUUCGUCUGAAUGUAUAUUUUCCGAAUAUAUACUUUUUAUAAUUUUUAUUUAUCGGUAAUUAAACUUA